GCGCCGAGAGAGCCAUGAGCCAUGCAUAAAUCCAGUACCCCCUCCAACACUCACUCUCCACUCGCUCCACUACACCUGCACCGCAUUCAAUCUAUCCACCAAUGGCAACGGGCGUGCGGUGUGUCUUGAUCUUGCAGCUGCUGCUGCUGCUGCUGGUGGCGGCGACUGGUGUUUCCAGCCGAACCACGUACACAGGCAGCAGCGCUGCAGGUGAAGGGACGGCGCCGGCGAAGCCGAAGAAGAUGGUGCCGGCGCUGGUCGUGUUCGGCGACUCCAUCAUGGACCCGGGCAACAACAACGCCAUCCACACCAUCGUCAAGGCCAACUUCCCGCCCUACGGCCACGACUUCGGCCCCGACCACCGCCCCACCGGCCGCUUCUCCAACGGCAAGAUCCCCACCGACUUCUUGGCCUCCAGGCUAGGCCUCAAGGACCUGCUGCCGGCGUACCUGGCCCCGGACCUCACCAGCCACGACUUGCUCACCGGCGUCAGCUUUGCCUCGGGCGGCACGGGGUACGACCCGCUCACGGCGCAGCUCGCCUCGGCCAUCUCCAUGACGGACCAGCUCCGCAUGUUCGACGACUACAAGCAGAAGGUCCGGGCCGCCGCCGGCGACGCCGCGCUCUCGGACAUCCUGGCCAAGGGCAUCUUCGUUGUGUGCACCGGCAGCAACGACGUGACCAACACCUACUUCACCCUGCGCGCGCGCAGCUCCUACUCCCACGCCUCCUACGCGUCCUUCGUCGUCGCCCACGCCGCCGCCUUCCUUGACGGCCUACUCUCCGCGGGUGCCCGCCAUGUCGCCGUCAUCAGCCUCCCGCCCGUCGGCUGCAUGCCCUCUCAGCGCACGCUCUCCGGCGGCAUGGCCCGGGACUGCUCCCCCGGCCCCAACGAGAUCGCUGAGAUGGUGAACGCCGGCAUGGGCUCCGCCGUGGACUCCCUCAAAGCGAACAACCCGGGGGCGAAGGUGGUGCUGGUGGACAUGUAUGGGUUCUUUAUGGACAUGAUGGCGCGCCCCCAGGGGUACGGGUUCAGGGAAUCCACGCUGGGCUGCUGCGGCACGGGCAUGAUGGAGGUCUCCGUGCUCUGCAACGGCGUCACGUCGGCGGUGUGCGGGGUCAUUGCCGACUACCUGUUCUGGGACAGCUACCACCCCACGGAGAAGGCCUACGGGAUCCUCGUCGACUUCGUCUACGACGAGUACCUCCAGAAGCUCAUCGAGUAGCUAGCUAUACCCUACCUUGGUCUUUCUGCAAUUGCCAUUUCUGUGCGUUUGUAGAUGGUACUC